AUGGACAUCAGCAAUGCAUUCCUUCACAGAGAUCUUGAUGAAGAAGUUUUCAUGGUUCUGCCUCCAGGAUUCCAAAGUGACAGACCAAAUCAAGUGUGUAAGCUCACAAGGUCCCUCUAUGGUUUGAAGCAGGCGAGCCGCCAAUGGAACGCUAAGCUGACUUCUGCCCUUCUAAGUGUUGGUUUCAGGCAGUCCAAUGCAGACCCCUCUUUAUUCACUAGAGACAGUAAUGAUAAGUUCAUUGCCUUAUUGGUCUAUGUCAAUGACAUCUUGGUAGCAAGCGGCAAUAUGACUCUGAUUCAAGGCCUUAAAGACAUGCUAAACACGGCUUUCAAGAUCAAGGAUCUUGGAGUUGUCAGCUACUUUCUGGGAAUAGAGGCAAAAUUAAGCAGUGAUGGCUUAAACCUCUGUCAGCGGAAAUAUGCCCUCGAAAUUCUAAGUGACGCUGGAUUUCUAGAAUGCAAACUAGCACGGACGCCCAUGGUUCCAGGGUCUGUAUUGACACGAGGAGUUGGAACACCUCUUGAAGAUCCAGGCUGUUAUCGAAGGCUUGUGGGCAGGCUCCUAUACCUUACGGCAACCAGGCCCGAUAUUGCUUAUGUUGUCCAUCACCUUAGCCAGUUUGUGAGUUCUCAUACGGACGUUCACAUGGUUGCAGCUCACCGUGUGCUUCGCUAUAUAAAAGGAUCUCCUGGGCAAGGAUUGUUCUACCCAGCAGCAACGACCCUUAGCCUUAAGGUUUUCUCCGACUCAGAUUGGGCUUCAUGCCCUGAAACACGACGAUCUAUAACCGGAUUCUGCAUAUUUUUGGGAGCAUCUCUUAUCUCUUGGCGUUCGAAGAAGCAGCCUAUAGUGUCUCGGUCUUCUUCUGAGGCGGAAUAUAGAGCGCUGGCUACCACGGCGUGUGAGCUACAAUGGUUACAUACUCUGCUUCAUGAUCUGCAUGUUCUCAUGUCAGGGCCUGCUAUUGUUUUCUGUAACAAUAAAUCUGCUAUUGCGAUUUCGGAGAACUUUGUAUUCCACGAGAGGACCAAGCACAUCGAAAUAGACUGCCACGUGGUGAGAGAACGGGUUGCUCAAGGUCUGAUAAAAUUGUUGUCAGUUUCCUCCCUCAAUCAAAUCGCAGAUGGUCUAACCAAGCCUUUGUCUGCUCCUCUGUUCCAUGGCUUUGUAUCUAAGUUGGGAGUGCAAGACUUGCACAAUCCAACUUACCGGGGGGGGGGGGUAUUAGAGGAAUAA